AUGUUGCUGAUUGAUAGGAACUUCUGCUAUGCUGAUUUUGUUUGGCUGUUUUAUGGUGGAUUUGGAAAAGUGGAAAAUGAUGAAACUAGAGACUGUUUGCUAGUUAAAAUCAUUCGUUGUCAUCGUAAGGGGGAGAUGGUUUUGCUGCUGUUGUUGAAAAAGGGAACUGGAUGCUUUAAUUUUCUCGGUGGGUUUCGGACAGGAUACAAUUACCAGCAAAAAUUUGGUUUGGUGAAUGUCAAGUUAAAAUGGGUGAAAGAUAGAGUAUUGGAUGCUGUUGUGGCAGAUCAAGAACAUCUUAAAGCAGUUUGCCUACUUGUUUCGAUCAUCUCUUCCGCUCCUGGAUGUUGCCUUCCUAUAUACCAUCUUAGACAGCAUCGUGGACAACUUGGUCUGCCCCAUGAUCUUAAGCUCUCCACAUUUAUCAGGAGAUAUCCUAAUAUUUUCUGUGAAUCUCACAUUCUUGAUAGUGGAGGCACUCGUGUUCCCUGCUUCCAGUUGACUUCUGGAGCCCUAGAUCUUCGCCAUGAAGAACUCGAUGUUCUUGAGCAGAAUCGAAUUGAUUUGGUUGAAAGGCUAUGCAAACUGCUUAUGCUUACAAGAGAUAGGACACUGCCAUUACAAACCUUAGACCAGCUGAGAUGGGACAUGGGAUUGCCUUAUGAAUAUUUUGAUUGUUUGAUUCCGCUUCACCCUGAUUUGUUUUCUUCAGUUAGCCUCCCUGAUGAUCGUGUUGGUGUAAAACUCCAAUUUUGGGAUGAUCGCCUUGCUGUGUCCCAGUUGCAGAAGAAUGCUGCUUUUCAACAAAAGGAAGAAGACAUGAAAAAUGGCUGCUUAGCCUUUCCAGUUGGCUUUACGAGGGGUUUUGGGUUGAAGAGGAAAUGCAUGGAAUGGUUGGAAGAGUGGCAGAGACUUCCUUAUACUUCACCUUACUCUGAUGCCUCAAAUUUGGAUCCACGUACAGAUGUAUCGGAGAAGAGAAUUGUAGGAGUUUUUCAUGAGCUUCUACACCUUACUGUACAUAAGAGAACUGAGCGCAAGAAUGUAAGCAAUCUUCGCAAACCAUUGUCACUGCCCCAGAAGUUCACUAAGGUUUUUGAGCGACAUCCUGGCAUUUUUUACAUCUCAAAGAAGAGUGACACCCAGACUGUUGUUCUUAGAGAAGCAUAUGACCGCCAACUACUUUUGCAUAAACAUCCUCUUGUUGAUAUCAGGGAAAAAUAUGCAAGUAUGAUGAGAAAAGGAUUUUUGGAUAGAAGUAGGGGCUUAUACAAGAGAGCAGCAUGUUCUGGUCCAGAGGAGUCAUCAAAGAUUGUUCGUGGUGAUGAACCCACCGACGGUAGUUCUAGUUGUGAAGAAGUUUCAGACUCUGAUUUGCUUUCUGAAUUUAAAGCUAAUGACCCAAUGCAUGAUCCUUUAUGA